AUGCCGCCGCCACCUUUGCAGAAACCCGAGAAUGUGCUCAAACGAGCACAAGAGCUCAUCGGGGUCAACCAGGCCCCAGCGGCUCUCAAUCUUCUUCACGAGCACAUCACCAACAAACGAUCGCGCAAUGCGCCGAGUGCCAGUCUCGAGCCCGUCAUCCUCCAGCUCCUGGAGCUGGCGGUUGAGCAGCGAAAGGGCAAAAUCGCCAAGGAUGCGCUGUAUCAAUACAAGAACAUGUCACAAAACACGAACAUUGCAACCAUCGAGUCGGUAGUGAAGCGUUUCAUCGAGCUUGCAGUCGAAAAGGUUACCACAGCUCAGAAGAAGGCCGACGAAGUGCAGUCCAGCAUCGAGGCGAACACAUCGAACGUCGAUGAUCUGGAGGCCAGCGAGACCCCCGAGUCCAUCCUUCUGGCUACUGUCUCCGGCGAGCAGUCCCGCGACCGCACCGAUCGUGCCAUUGUCACACCUUGCCUCAAGUUCUUGUGGGAGGCUUACCGCACAGUCCUCGACAUUCUCCGCAACAAUGCCCGCCUCGAGAUCCUUUAUCAGGCUACAACUUUCCAGGCUCUCGAUUUCUGCCUCAAGCACCUUCGCAAGACUGAAUUCCGUCGUCUCUGUGAGCUUUUGAGGAACCAUGUCCAGACUGCCGCCAAGUACUCGUCGCAGAUGCACGCUAUCAACCUGAGCGACCCCGAUACCUUGCAGCGUCAUCUUGAGACAAGGUUCCAGCAGCUCAACGUAGCUGUUGAGCUCGAGUUGUGGCAAGAGGCGUUCCGCAGCGUGGAGGAUAUCCACACUCUGCUCAACCUCAGCAAGCGUCCUGCCAAGAACAUCAUGAUGGCAAACUACUACGAGAAGCUGACACGCAUCUUCCUGGUCGGUGAGAACUACUUGUUCCACGCUGCCGCUUGGUCCAAGUACUACACUCUAUUGUGCCACUCUGCCUCGUCGAUUGCCACAGGGCAGAGCAAGAAGUCUGACAACCCUCCGGCUACAGACGCAGACCUUCAGAAGGCCGCGUCGUUCGUGCUGUUGUCGGCAUUGGCCAUCCCUGUCAUUAGCACAUCGCGCUCCCGCGGCGCCAUGGUUGACUUUGACGAGGCCCGCAAGAACAAGAACUCCCGUUUGACACACCUGCUUGGCAUGAACCAGGCCCCCACUCGCGGACGUCUGUUCAAGGAUGCCCUUUCCAAGUCCCUGCUCCAGCGCGCCCGCCCGGAGAUCAAGGAUCUAUACAACAUCCUGGAGGUUGACUUCCACCCGCUUUCCAUCUGCAAGAAAAUCUCGCCCAUCCUGACCAAGAUCGGAGCGGAUGCCGGUAUGGAGCGCUACAUCCAGCCCCUGCAGCAGGUCAUCCUCACAAGGCUUUUCCAGCAACUGUCUCAAGUGUACGAGACCGUUGACCUGAGCUUUGUGCAGAGCCUCGCUCAGUUCCCUGAGCCUUACCAAGUUGACCGCAGUACUAUCGAAAAGUUCAUCAUGAACGGCAACAAGAAGGGCGACCUGGCCGUCCGUAUGGAUCACUCCACUGGCGUUCUCAGCUUCGACAACGAUGUCUUCUCUUCCUCCAAGGCCGGCCACACAGGAUCUGGCGCCGGUUCGGCGGAGAGCGAGACUGGUGCCGUGCAGCGUCUCCAGAACACGCCAUCUGAAAUCGUUCGCUCGCAGCUCACUCGCCUGGCGAAGAGUCUGUUCACCACAUGCCACUACAUCGAUCCCGAAAUGAACAAGGAUCGCAUUGCCAGGCGUAAUGCCGCACUUGCGAGGGCAAAGGCCGGCGCAGAGCAGGAGCACAUCGACACUUUCGCUCGCAAAGAUAUCAUUGAGAAGCGCAAGGCUGAUGCCUCCAAGAUUCAAGCCGACCGCGACAGAGAGAACGCUCGGCAGAAGAUGCUGCGUGAGCAAGCACUUGCUGAGGCUGAGGCCAAGCGUCUGGCUGCCGAGCAGAAAGAGCGCGAAGAGAAGCGCAUCAAGGCCGAGCACGAUCGUGUGCGCAAGGAAGAGAUUAAGAAGCAGAUUGCUGAGCUCAACAUGAACGACAAGGCCAUUGAGCUCGACCUCAACGAUAUUGACAACAUUGAUACCAACCGUAUCCGAGCCAUGAAGCUGGCUCAGCUUGAGAGAGAGAAGAAUGAUGUUAACGAGCGUCUCCGUAUCACUGGCAAGCGUAUCGACCAUCUCGAACGAGCCUACCGUCAGGAGGAGGCGAAGAAGUUGAACGCCGAUUACGAGAAGCAGAUUGAGCAGGACCGUGCUAUCUACGAGACUGUCAAGGAGAAGACCCUUAGGGAAGCCGAGGCGAAGCACAAGGAAAGUGUCGAGCUCAAGCACCGUCUCAGCCGCCUGGUGCCAGAGUACGAGUCCUUCCGUUCUUCGCUCCACGAGCGUCGCCGCGAUGAGUUUGAGAAGAGGAGGCGUGACGCGGAGCGUGAGUUGGAGAAGCAGAUCGCCAACCGCAAGAAGGAGCAUCGCGAACGAAAGCUGCGCGAGAAGCGCGAGCAAGAGGAACGCGAGAGGGAACUGCGCGAGGCUGAAGAGCGCGCUGCCCGUGAAGCCGAGGAGCGUGCUGCUCGCGAGGAGGCCAGGAAGGCUGAAAUGGCCAAGCUCAAGGAGCAGCGUGAGAAGGAGCGUCAAGAGAUGUCCGAAAAGGUUGCACUCCAACAGCGUCGCGAAGAGGAAGCCCUCGCUCGUCGCAAGGCGGAGAAGGAGCGUGGUCCAGCUGUGCCCAUCCGUGGCGCUGCUGAGACCUCUGAAGGCCGUCGCCCUCCUGUGUUUGGUGCUGGCAAAUGGCGCGAGCGUGAAGCCUCUGGUCCCACAGAUGGCGAUCAGCCACCACCUGCUCGUGCGGCUCCUUUCGUCGAGCGCAGCGACUCCAACGAUCGUCCUUCUGGUGCUCCUCGUCUCCCUCUGGCUGGCACCAAGCCGAGCUGGCGUGAGCGUGAGGCUGCCAAGGCUGCCUCGUCUGGCGACGCUGGCACCCCCCCGCUCACCGCGGACAGUGCACCACCCCGUCGGUUCGAAGCUCCCCGUGGUGCUCCCAUGGAUCGGGGCAACUCGAGCCGCGGUGAUAGUGGGCGCGAGUCGCCCGCUCCACAAGAGAAGCUGCCUUCAGGUGGCGCCGGCAAGUACGUGCCCCGUCAUCUGAGGAAGUAG